AUGUCCUACGCUCCUCCUUACGGCGAUCCUUACGGCCGCCCUCCUUCAGACCCCUACGGACGCCCGCCUGCUGAUCCUUAUGCGCAUCCCCCUCCCUCGGAUGGAUAUAACCGUCCAGCAUAUGACAGAGGUCCAUACAGUGCACCCCCUCCUCAAUCUCGCCCCCCUCCAGGCCCUCCUCCUCCUCUGCCUUACGGCUGGUCCCAGGAAUGGGAGCCCAGUUCCCGUCGCGCAUUCUACGUAGAACACGCCACUGGUCGAUCCCAGUGGGAGGCGCCUUACCAGGACCCUGGAUACAACGAUGGCUCUCGCAGCCUUCCUCCUCCCGAGUCCCAGGGCUACUAUGCGCCUCCCCAGGGCGGCCCACCUCAGGGUUACGAUGAUCGUAGCCCUAGCUACUAUCAGGGCGAGGAGAAGCCUGAGAAGAAGAGCAGCAAUGCUGGCGGUUACCUAGCAGCCGGUGCUGCCGGUUUGGCUGUCGGUGGUAUUGCCGGUGCUUUGAUUGCCAACGAGAUCAACUCGGAUGAUGAGAAGUCAGAUCUCGAAGAAGCUUACGAGCAAGGUCGUCGCGAUGAAGAAGAGGCUCACGACUCAGACCACAGUGAGCACAGCGAUGGUGGUUGGUAA